CUGGAACCAUACAUUUUCGUUCCAAAAUAGGCGGACAGAGCACAACUUUUGUCUGAAGGUUUUGCAUAGGCACCAGUGUUGGUGUUUUCUUUCCUUUUGAGUUCAGUUCGUCAUGUCGGACACAUGGAGCAACAUCCAGGCGCACAAGAAGCAGCUGGACUCACUGCGGGAGAGGCUGCAGCGGCGGCGGAAAGAUCCCGCACAACUGACCGCGGACAUCGGAGGAAGCAGCACAGACAGCUCCACAGCCCGGAGUGACAGUCCGGCUCCCUCUGCACCUUUAACCCCUCAGGAAGAGGCGGAAAAACCGCCAGACCCUGAGUUAGAGAAGAAGCUGCUGGGAUAUCUGUCAGAUCUGAGUCUCCCUUUACCAACAGACUCCCUUGCUAUAACAAAUGAUCUUAGUUCUGAAGCAGCUGUAAGUCACAGCUGCAUCCAGAGUCUGCUGCUGAAGUUUUCUGCUCAGGAGCUCAUCGAGGUCAGACAGCCCAACUCUUCCUCCUCUUCUUCCUCCACCUCUUCCUCUGUGGUGAUAUCAGUGGACCACACAAAGCUAUGGGCCAUGAUCGGCACUGGAGCUGGAGCCCAGCGAGCCGGAGUCAAAAGAAAAGCAGAAGACCAAACCCAGAACAAAAGAGCACCCUCACUGAAGAGCCCUGCUUCUCCACCACACUCCUCCUUCUCCUCUCUGACACCGGCCGUAUCUUCACAGCUCGCAGGGACUUCAGCAUCAGGGAGCGGGGCUGAGAAGAAGGGCAGGAGUAGUAAGAGCCAGUCUUCACAUGUGGACAUGGAGAUAGAAAGUCUCCUGAACCAACAGUCCACCAAAGAGCAGCAGAGCAAAAAGGUGAGCAGAGAGAUCCUGGAGCUGCUCAACGCCAGCACAGCGAAGGAGCAGUCCAUCGUGGAGAAGUUCAGAUCUCGUGGCCGAGCUCAGGUCCAGGAGUUCUGUGACCACGGGACCAAAGAGGAAUGUGUGCGUUCUGGGGACACACCUCAGCCGUGCACCAAACUGCACUUCCGUCGAAUUAUCAACAAGCACACAGAUGAAAGCCUCGGUGACUGCUCUUUCCUCAACACCUGUUUCCACAUGGACACCUGUAAAUACGUCCAUUACGAGAUCGACAGCCCACCAGAGGCCGAGGGGAGCCUGCUGGGACCCCAAGCGGGUGCCACAGAGCUCGGCCUGUGUGCGGGAGAUGCAGACAGCAACGUGGGAAAACUGUUCCCCUCACAGUGGAUUUGCUGUGAUAUCCGCUACCUGGAUGUGUCCAUCCUGGGAAAGUUUGCUGUGGUGAUGGCCGAUCCUCCUUGGGACAUCCACAUGGAGCUUCCCUAUGGCACACUGACUGACGAUGAGAUGAGAAAACUCAACAUCCCCAUCCUGCAGGAUGAUGGGUUCCUCUUUCUCUGGGUCACUGGCAGGGCUAUGGAGCUAGGCAGAGAGUGUCUCAGUCUUUGGGGCUAUGAACGUGUCGAUGAAAUCAUUUGGGUGAAAACAAACCAGCUUCAGAGGAUCAUCCGCACUGGACGGACGGGGCAUUGGCUGAACCACGGGAAGGAGCACUGCCUGGUGGGUGUGAAGGGAAACCCUCAGGGCUUCAACAGAGGGUUGGACUGUGAUGUCAUUGUAGCAGAGGUCCGCUCCACCAGCCAUAAACCAGACGAGAUCUACGGCAUGAUUGAGAGACUCUCACCCGGCACCAGGAAGAUUGAGCUUUUCGGACGUCCACAUAACGUCCAGCCAAACUGGAUAACUCUUGGAAACCAGCUUGAUGGCAUCCAUCUUCUGGAUCCUGAAGUCGUGGCUCGAUUUAAGAAGCGUUAUCCAGAUGGUGUCAUUUCCAAACCCAAAAACAUGCAGUGAUGGUUUUGUUUGUGGUCACAGGGUUUGAGAAGUUUGUCUAUAGACUGUGUUUAUUUUUGAUAUCAGCUGACCCAAUUUUCUUAAAUAAAUGUUUACAAGGUA